AGCAAGGAUUAUCACACGGCAAUCCCUCUGCAAAUCAAUUGAAAUCAAAUCGGGCCUUAGCCCAGAUAACACUCACACACAAGAGCUAAACACUCGCACAUGUACAAUCAAUUAGCCAUGCUGGCAAUGAAGGAUAAACCUUGGCUGGUGCUAUUUGGCCUAUUGGCCGCAUUAAGCUGCCUGCCCAGCCGCAGCGAUGCCGCGUAUCCGUAUUACGGCACGAAGAUCGGAGCUCUGACACGUCUGCACCAUGGCGUUUCCGGCGAUGUCUAUGCCGUGGACUCGCGCACGAUUUUCAUCAAGAAAUUCAGCUACGACGGCGAGGCCCCGGCCGCCUACUUCUACGUGGGCAACACGGCCCGACCCAGCAACGAGGGUGCCACCCGGCUGCGGGACGAGCGCGGGGGCACAGCCUCCCUGACGCGUCGCUACCGGAACAAGGACAUCACCCUGUCGCUGCCCGAGGGCAAGACGCUGCGCGACAUCAAGUGGUUCUCGGUGUGGUGCGACGAGUUUGCGGUGAACUUCGGGGAUGUGGCCAUACCAGCCAGUCUGGAUUUUCCAAGGCCACAGAAAAUUAGCGCAUUGCGCGGCGUCCACGGCGUGUCCUCCGAGAACAUUGUGAUCGUGGAUGCCCAAACCCUGCUGGUGCCCAACUUUAGCUACGAUGGCGAGGCGCCAGAUGCCAAGUUCUGGGUGGGUCGGGGACAGCGUCCCACGCCCGAGGGCCUGCGCAUACCCGACGAGAACGGCAAGGAGAAUCCGCUGCGUCGCUACGAGCGCAAGACCAUCGUGCUGACCCUGCCCGAGGACCUGACCAUCUUCGACAUCGGGCACUUUGGUGUGUGGUGCGAGGCCUUCACCGUCGACUUUGGCCACGUCCGCCUGCCGGAGGGCCUCAAUGUGCCGCCAUCGCUGAAGAUGCUCGGCAUCAGUCCACAGUCCAAACUCAACUGCGAGGUGCUCUACGACGAUCUGGCCUUUGAGGUGCGCUGGGCCGUGGCCGGGGAGAGCAUUGUGGUGCAAUUGGUUGCCAAAUUGGAACCGAACAACUACAUGUCCUUCGGCAUCUCACCGAACAAGAACAUCAGCCAGAUGAUCGGCGCCGAUGCCGUUGUUGCCUGGGUGGAUCCGCAGUCGGGCAACGGCUUCGCGCAGGAUUACUUCCUGGAGGGCAAGGCCCAGUGCUCCGGCAGCCGCGGCGCCUGUCCCGACACCAAGAUCAUGGAGAAGACCAACUCCAUUCGGCUGCUGAAUGCCGCCAUGGUCAAUGGCUACUCGAUUGUCACCUAUCAGCGCUCGCUGGCGGCCACCGAUCGCCUGGAUCUGCCCAUCUCCGUCACGGAUGCCGAGUCCGUUGUUUGGGCCAUCGGACCGCUGAACGACUACAAGGAGGUCUCCUUCCACACGUUCUACAACAAGCAUCUGCAUCAGAUCGAGUUCGGUCGCCAGCCCAAGUGGAAUUGUCCCCUGCCCGAGGGCGCCAAGCCGGGCAGCAGCUCCGCCGAGCAGGAGGACGUCACUCUCCCGACCCAGAGCUCCACCGGAGGCAAGGGCUAUCCACCCGCCGGACACCCCCAUCUCGAGCCGGAGGAGGAGUUCUACGAGAAUCGAGCCGAGGCUCUGCAUCGCCAGCCACCUCAGAGGCGCCAGGAGACGGGCAUCAUCACCCAGCGACGCCCGGUGCCCACACCUAAGCCAGUGAACAGCAACGGAGCCUGGGACAUUCCGCCCAUUCAGUGCCACGAGCCAGAGGAUGGCGUCUUCUAUGCACAAAUGGGACCCACUGGCGGCAAGCACGGCUAUCCAGCCAUCACUGGCCACGUUGGCUGGGGCAUUUCCUGGUACAUCAAUGGCCUGCUCAUACCCGAGAUCCAUGUGGUGCGCGGCAAGACCUACACCUUUGUGGUGGAGGGAGGCAACAAUCCCGACAUCCCAGCCAAGUAUCAUCCAUUCUACAUUAGCGACGAUCCGGUCGGUGGCUACGAGCACAAGCGCGAGGAGGAGAAGAAGGCUGUUCGCAUAUUUGCUGGAGUUCAUCGCUCGCGGUCGGGUCAGGUGACGCCCACGGGCGUGGGUCGCCUGUGCAACUGGACACCGGACGUGGAGGGACCGCCGGCGGAUGACUAUCAGUCCUUUGGUGCCUACCAGCGCACCCUCACGCUCAAGUGCGAUGCUGGGGAGCCGGGCGUGAUCAGCUGGAAGCCGGACAAAAACACGCCGGACACCGUGUACUAUCACUGCUUCACGCAUCGCUAUCUGGGCUGGAAGAUACACGUGCACGACUCGUGCGAGCAGGGCGAUGUGGGUGGCCAGGGGGCAGCCUCCGAGCAGCACGAGAUCCGUGUGCCCGCUGCGGCGUCCGCAGCCGAGCCGGCGCCCGUCCACGAGGACUAUGCCGCCGAGUCGUCGAUCCGACACGAAACCCAGGUCAGCCCCAACGAUAAUUUUUUAUUGAAGCACCAAACCGAUUUGAUUAAGAACCACAAUAUGAACGGAACACCGCCUAAACUGAGCUUUGAAAUAACGAAAUCUUCGGAAAUAACCAAACUGAUUUCAGAUGGCAUCCGCGCUGCUGAGGCUCUCGAGGAGAGCCUUCUAAGGAACCCACACCCAAACGCAAACCCCAAUCCCAAACAGAACGAAGUGAGCUCGGGCCCCCAUCUGCCGAACCAUCAACCGAUAACCAUCAACGGCUCUCGAUUACCCCAACUGGCCACCGUCCGGCCCGAGAUACUGCUCGGCGAAACCCAUUCUCACAAAUCACCUGCAUCCGCAUCCGCAUCUGCAUCUGCAUCUCCCUCAUCGUUGUCGUUGCCUUUGCCUGCUCAUCCGAAACUUCCCAUCUUUGCCACUGGCCCACAUCUCAUUCACAACUCCCAUUUGCACUUGCACCGCCUGCACCAUCCGCAGCAGCAUGUCCCCCACCCGCCCUCGAUUAUAAGCCCCCAUCUGCACCCGCACCCACUGCAUCAUCACAAUCUAACCAGUAACCUUCCAGCACUCGCACAGAAAACCAUCGGCCUGUCCGAGUACCUGCGUCCGCCGCAGAAUGCGCCGCUCUUCCAUCCGGUAAAGCUGCCCGGCCGCCGGCCCUAUCCCGGUCCCAUCAAGAAGGUGCCAGCAUCCAGGCCCAUCCUGCCGCAGCAGCAUCCCCAUCCGCAUGCUCAUCCGGGGGGGAUUCUCCAGCAAUCAUCGCUGAUUGUCCAACACUAUCGCAAGCCCGUGCCCAGUCUGCUGAAGCCAUUUGUCAAGGAGAAGCCCUUCCCCCUGCAGCCCAUAGCCGCAUCGGUGCUGCUGCUUGGUCAACCCACGGAGCUGGGAUCAGCUGGCCAGCGAAAAUCAGAGCACGGGGAACGCCCCAAGCUGAAGCCAAAGCCCAAGCCGGUCAUCCCUGUGCCCUACACGGACCACGAACCGCAGGCAUCCCUGCAGAACAAUCUCUUCUUCAAUCUCCACUCGAAGCCGGAGCAGAAAUCCGCACCGACAGCCACGCCCAGCACCAGCACCACCACCACGAGCAUCGUCAAGCGGCCGCUGCAGAAGGAGCCGUCGCCCCAGGAGAUUGCCAACAUGCGACCGGCCGUCAAUCAGGGAUUCAAGCCCGACACAGUCAUUGUGGAGAGCGGAUUCCGGCCGAUUAUGCGCACAGAUGGCAGCGGUGUGCAACUGCCGCCAGAGCUGAUCGAACAGGUGGCACACAGGCGCGAGGAUCCGGGCACGGAGAUCGAUGAGGUCAUGGAAACGGACACGCUCUUCCUGGCCGCACAGCAGGGAGGCAGCGAGACGCAGAGCUUCGAGCCGAUGUUCAUACCCUCGCCGCUGGACAGCAUCAAUGCCUCCAUACAAAUGAAGAAAGCAGUCCCCGAGGCAGACGAGGAGGAGACAGCUGAGGAGGAGGAGGCAUCGGCACUUCGACUACCAUCGGCGGCAGUGGAGCAUGCUCUGCCCUCAGCCGCCCAGCUGCGCAAACCCACUUUGGGGGAGUUGUUCGGUGAGGAAGAUCUAGACGAUGAGAUGGAGGAGAAACUCAAUGACGAGGAGGUGGAGGAGCAGCCGGUUCUGCCAGCCAAGAAAUCAUCUACGGCAGCUGUCACUCCAUCGAGCACCACGCCAGCGAUUGCCAUACCUGAGCAAGAGCCAGAGCAUGAACUCUUCGACGAUGGCAUGGCCAGCCUGUUCGGGCCAGACUCGCAGGAGGAAGAGAUCUAUGCGGAUGAGCUGGAGUCGGAGGAUAAGCUGGCAGCAGCCGCAGAGCGCAUCGAUACCUACUACCUGCCGCCGGACAACCGAAAGAUUCCGCAUGCCGGCCUGCCCAGCGGGGCGCUGUACACCUUUGAUGGCAAGAGCGUGGUGGAUGGCUCCCUGGUGCUGCCGCCCAAGCUGGAUGCACGGGACAAUGGCCUCUUGAGGCACUCGCACUACGGGCUCACGCCUCUGGAGCAGCUGAUACGGACAACGCCGCAGUUUGGUGCCUUCCACGGCGAGCUGCCGGAGGAAUUCCAAUCCACACAGAGCCCUGUGCGGCCUGGUGCUCAGCCCGUGACGGAGUACUCCAAUCCGGUGCCAUUCAGCCGCACCACAGCCUCCGUUUAUCCCAGUAGCAGCAGCACCAGCAGCAGCUCCAGCAGCAGCAGCACUACCGGAAGUGGAAGCACAAUCUUUACGCACUCAUCGCCAUCGACAUCGUCAUCGCCAUCACCAUCAUCAUCAUCAUUGAGACCCAUUUCCACCAAGCUGCACCUAAUCACGUCCGAGAGCAGCAGCAGCAGCAGAGGGCACAGCACGUAGGGCAUGCAAUAGUGAAAUUCAGAAAUUAGCAUAAAGUUGCUAGCAGUUAACCAUUUGUUGGGGCUUACCUAUACAUAAAUAACAUUUAAACCUGUGUACUAGCCAGUAGUUUUCUUUUCUUAUGUGUUUAAUUAAUAUGAUGCUCUUAAUUUUAAACGAAACGCAUGAAUUUUUAUUAGCUAAGCUAAACGAUAUGUUUAAACCGCAUUUUAGUCGUUGUGAAAUAAAACAAAGAAGGAAUUACA